AUGUAUUCUUAUUUAUCUUCAUGUUUUUUCCAAUGUUGCCCUCAAGGAAGCUUUCUGAUUCCUAUACGCCGAGGAUACCCUCAUUACAGUGAUGAUGAUGAGUUCGAAAAAUAUGAACGUAGGCCGAAAAUCAUUGUCGAUGAUCCUGAGGUAUCAUCUUUACAUUCUUAUAUAACGAACAACCAUGUGCUAGAUCGAACACCUUCAGAUAUUCAAUUACAAAUACUUGCUCAAUAUAGUUUACAAAAGAAGACUGUCAUAGUCAAAAUUCUGAAGUUGCUCUUCAAUGGCUUGGAAGAUGAUGAGCAGUGCUGUGUGCGUUUAAGCUUAUCGUGCGCCAAAGUACCCAAACAGCAAACGUCACAAGUAUCUGGAAGCAGUCUGGAAUUUGGGGAAACCUUCUUUUUCAGUCAAGUAGAAGAAAGUGAUAUUGCGAACGUUUCUAUCCGGUUUCGUCUGUAUACGAAAAAACAUAAAUCUCGUUCAUCAUUGAAAGCUGAAACGCAGCUCGAGUGCUCACACCUCAGCACCGCUGGGACAAUUCCAUAUGCUUUAACUAUGAAUCGGAUUAUGGCUAUUAAAUCAGAAAGUGCCUCUGGAUUAUCUCCAUCCAUGCAUCGUGUAUCAAAUGGAAAUAUUAAUGGCGAUAGUCGUCGAAAUAGCAUGGUUGAUGCUUGUGGACGAUUCUGUAGCCAGCCAAACAACGAUGCUCCGGAGCUUCUAAUAUCAUUGUCAUAUGAUGCUGAACAUUCAUGUGUUACUGUUGGUAUAGAGAGAGGAUCGCAAUUUGGUGAAAAGUACAAACCACCAGAUACUUUCAUUAAAAUCGUUGCGAGUGGUGAAUUUGGUAACGAAUUUUCGAGACAAAAAACAGAAUUAGUUAAAGGAAGUAGUGAACCUCACUAUGACCAUUCAAGUAGCAUCCAGCUUCAUCGACCUGAUUUGGAAACUACAACCGUCAGAAUUGAAGUCUGGCAACAGGUCGGAGUUCUAAGGAGACGUGUUCAGAUGGGAUGGCUAGCCGUUGGCUUGAAUUCGAGUACCCCUGAUGCUCAAGAGCAUUGGGAGCAAAUGAUUCAGGGACAAGGAAUCUCAGUCUCCAAAUGGCAUCCACUACAGCCACCCGAGUGA